GGGGUGGGGGUUACGGCGGGCUUGAACGACUGCCACGGGCGGUACGGGAAGCGGUAAACGUCCCCACCCACCGCGCCUUUCGCUUACCGUCUCUGACACCCACUCAGGGCUUUGCCAGCUUUCAUGACUCUCUUCCAGUUCUGUGAAAAGGCUGCCACUUCUCUUCCGUGCUUGUUUCUGAAAAGCUGGAAAACAUUAACUGAGAGUGCAGGUAAAGCUGCAGCUUCGCUUCCGGGGGCCCUCAACAGACUGCAGAAUUGGGGACUUGUGGUAAAAUAUAAUGAGGUCCUUCCUGUGUUGGAAACCCCCAAUCCUUCAGACAUCUUCGGUCUUCCCCUCUGCAUGCUGCAAGAGGGUGUGGAACACUGAAUUCCCUUGAGCCUCUAAGCAGGUUCUGGCAGAAUUCCGUAGCUGGGGUAGUGGGCUGCUGAAAGGUCCCUCUGCGGCCCUCCAGGGCUGAGCGAGCAGUCCUGCAGGCCGGUGUGCCUCUGCUAGUUCAGUGAGAUCCUGGUUCUUCCUUUGUCAGAAAGGAAAACGGCAGUUGCUCCUAGAAUCAGCCCGUGCCCUACUAUUCUGGCCCAGGUUUGUGGGCUGUGGAAUGAGCCCUGUGUUCUGCAACUCUCUUGCGAUGGUUCUCUACUGCCAGACAGUGACUUUCAUCCCCAGUGUGUUUUAUAAGAGAGCACUGAGGGGUUAUUCAUGCAAAGCCACAGGAUCACAUGGGCAAAUGUAGAAGCUGCUGUUUAUCAAAGCUGAACAUCCUACCUAUAUGAGUAGCUGAAACAAGACAGCCUAGAGGAAAGACUGGCACAGUGAGAAUUCUUUGAACCAUGGGUGGAAAACUUUCACUGUUCCGGAAAACACCUAACCAAAAGGAGAGUGAAGGCAAACUGAUCUUACCCAGUCAACUGGAUGCUGAAGAUGAAAUCACCAAUUAUGCUAGUAUCAAUGACUCUGCUACAUCCUGUGUGGGCAUUGCACAUCAAAGCUAUGUCAAUUGUCCAACAUGUCAAGGAACAGGAAGGAUCCCUGGGGAGCAAGAGAAGCAGCUGGUGGCUCUGAUACCGUAUGGUGACCAGAGGCUGAAGCCUAGACGAACGAAACUCUAUGUAUGUCUUGCCGUGAUGAUCUGCCUGCUGACAACAUCUCUCAGUAUUUUCUUCCUGUUUCCUCGCUCCAUUACUGUGCUGCCUGCAGGGCUGAAUGCCUCCUCCAUCAGCUUUGAUGCCACCACCACCAGUAUAUACCUUAACAUGACGAACGUGCUGAAUGUAACUAAUAACAACUUCUACCUGGUCACUGUUGUGCAGCUAGACAUAGAGGUUUUGCACCAGUCUCUAGUAGUAGGGAGGACCACCAUGAAAACCCUGCUGAAUAUGAGCCCUUUGCAGAGCAGCCAGAUCUUUUAUUUGGUGGCCAGUAGGAUACUGGAUGACAACACCUAUAACAUUUGCACAUGGAAAAAAGUCAAAGUUCACAAUGUUCUGCUGCAUAUACAGGGUACCCUGACCUGCACAUGCCUGUGUCAUUCAGAGCAGCUGGCUUUUGAAGACUACCAGUAUGUGGACUGCCGGGAGAAUGCCACAUUACCUCGCCCAUUGUACCAUCACCUGCCAUGACAGGGCCAGGUUGGCAGAGCUUGUGGGUGUAGCAUGUUCCACCACAAAGGCAAGUCAGGGAUACAAACUUCUGGGACCUGUUCUCAAUAUAUGCCUUAAACAGGAGGCUCAGUGUUUCCUGGAUAAGACUUCCAUCCCUCAUGCAAAGAUACUUGACCUUAUGAAUGUGGACUCUGCGGUCCUGAGAUUGCAGCUUUAUUUUUUCAGUGCCUUAUCAAGUGACCAGUGCAUGGGGUGUCUCUGCGUGGCUGAUCGGAUUGGGCCACACACUGUGUUUCACUGCUGCUUUGGAGGCAGUGCCUUAUUAGUCAGACUAAAUCUAGUUGUUUCCUUCUUGCAUAAUUUUGCAAUUCUGUCCUGAAUUUAAGUAUUUCAUACCUUCAAAAAGGACACCUAUGAUUAGAGUUUUUGGCUGGAUUGCAUCUGCAUCACCAGAAUCUAAUGACACUUGUACAACCUGCACAACAAGAGCAAGAAACAGGAUUGAUGUCUCUAUCUGAGUCUUUAGAAAAACUACUGCAUGUCAUACCAAAAUACCUUGUGAGUGACUGUUGGGUGACUGCUGUUUUAGGCUGUCUGGUAUGGCAGGUGAGAAUAUGCGGUUUUGUAUAUAUGUGUUUUUAAAACAAGCUCAUCCACUAGCUGUUCUUUAACAGCAUCCAUUUCAGUGAGAAGAAAAUGUAUUUUGUAUCAUGAAUCAAAAAUAUUGCUUUCCCACCAGUGGUGUUUGGUGGCCAGCACAUGCCGUUUGUUGUAUUGUUUUAUUGUAUACUGUGGCAUUUAAUUAUUUCAACUCGAACAAGCAUGAGAGUUAAUCUCUGACUGGAAAAGCCUAGUUUGUAAAAAUAUCAGUAAACAGUUGUUUUUGGGGGUGUGGUGCAUUUUUUUUGGUCUAAAGCUGCAAAACUACCCAGCAGACUUUAUAGGAGAGAAAGCCCCGACUGCCUUUUCUUCUCCCAGGGCUGGCAGUUGUAUCCCUCCAAACAAUGGAGGGGUUAAAUGCUAUUCCUUAGGUUCUAGUUUAGAUGCUGCCUGAUGCAUUCUAGAUGGUUACUCACCAGUUCAGUAUUUUCCUCCAUCUGUCGCGCUGAAGGAUAGAACCAAACCAUCAGAAUAGUUGAAGACUAUUGAAGAAAGUCUCUGAUCCCGUCUUCAAAAUAUGCUUCCUAAACCAGUACCUCUUACACAGCUGUUGCAGUAUUGCUCCUCACUAACAUCCAUUAAGAUCAACACUGAAAUCGUAACUAGUUAGCUUCCCCCUGAAGCAGGGAUGAAGCUCCAUGUCCCAUUCUGAAAUCCUCACUGCUUGUCACAUCCCUACACUGCUUUUUGUAUUUGCUGUAUUGUUGAUUCUGCUAUGUACUCUACCUCCCUUGCUGUUGAGUUUCCAGAUGUGCUUUUAUACUGCCCUUGUCAGUUCACAAAUAAAGGGCCUUGUGCAACCAGGGA